AUGUGUUCCAUGACCAGUCUGCAUUCGUGGCUGUGUCCUCUGAUUCGGGGAGGUAAAUUGAAUCAAGUCUGGAGCCUUUCCACCUGCAAACCUAGAGGAUGGAUCUACCUAACGGCUACACGUCGUUACACAGUGGGAAAGGUGCUGUAACUCGCUCUCAAGCAACCAUUGGUGCUAGUUACACAGCAGACCUUUACCUCUGAUUACUGUCCUCAUCUAAUAUUUAGGACUGUUUCUAGGGAUCUGUUGCUUACAAACCUGCUAGCCUUGUAGUAACCAAAGAUGAAGAAGUGGAAAUUGUAGAGAAACUGAUCCUGUUGUUAGAAUCUGAUAGGCAGUGGGGUUUUGUUUUGUUGUAGGAAAUGGACUCUCAAACAGUCAAUCCAAAUGUACAAAGCUACAGAUAUUCAGAUGACAGUCACACUGUGAGAAUUUGUGCAUACAGUUCACCUAAUAUGUUAUUGUGACCUUCAGGACCCUUCCAGCUCCACUGUGGAAUUCAACUCUCAAAAUAAGAAGUACAGGAGCCUGGAGAGGUCUUUCGAGAGAAGAUUAAGGGCCAUACACCAGAGGUUCUCCGGAGUCCCAGACAAUACAACGGUAAAGUUGGGCUUGAUAUUUUGGUAAAGGUAUCUAAACAACUAACACUGGUUUAAUAAAGUAGUCAUUAUACUGACAAACAGCUGUCUCUCCAGAUCCAGGGGUGUAACCAUGUGUACUUCAUGGAAGGGGAUGGCAUCUAUAGAAUGGAUACCAGGCAGGGUAAGCACCAUUUUCUGGACAGACAUUUCCCUAAUCACACCACUUUCUACUACCGUCUAGAGCUGAAGAGAACUAAAUUACAUAAAACAAUGUAAGGUGUGUGUUUGUGACUUGACUGGCUGCAGGUGACCCAGAGCCAGAAGAGGUGUUGUGUCUGGACUCUGUGGGGAAGGGAGAUUGGAGCCUCCAGAGGGUGCGUCUCUCCCCCAGUGAGCAGGCCCUGGCUGCCACAGUGAAGACCCCCCACAGAGAGGAGGCCAGGUGUGUCCUGGUCAAGCUAGGAGAUAGAGAACCCACCCUGGACCCACCUAAACCUCUACUCACCAUCGACAAGGUCUUCAGCUUCGGUGCGGGAGAGGGUUAAUACCAUAGAGAUAAACAAUGUAGUGGUUAUAUUUAAUUAUGUUGUUAAGACAGCCAUCAUGUGGACACUUCUAGACAGACAAUUAGAUGUAUGAAGAUUGUCCUGUGUGUGUGUGUGUGUGUGUAGAGUGGGCUACAGAUGACAUCCUGUUCUACAGCAGUCAGCAGAACCUCCAGUGUCACCGUGUGUUCCGUCUGGACCUGACUGCCACUGGGACCGGAAGCACCCUGGUGUACCAGGAACAGCAGCCUGAGUAAGGCUUACACACACCUCCCUUUGUCACACCGGUGUGUGUGUGUGUGCGUGACUGUACAUCAUGUACUGUAAUGUUUGGAAGAGGCCAUGUUAGGACACAAGCCAUGGAAACACAGAGAACAUAUGUUAAAGUGCUCUGCUUUCUUAAGUGUUAUUUUGUCCACAGUGUGUUUGUGGAGGUGAGUCUCUCCAGAGACAGGAGGCUGGUGCUGGUCAACUGCAGCAGUAAGAGAAGCUCUGAGGUGUGGCUGAUUGACAGCACCAAGCCCCUUAUGAAGCCCACCCUGGUACAGGCCCGCCUCCCUGAGCUACUGUACCAUGUAGAGCACUCCCACGGCCAGCUGUACAUCCUGGCCAACACUGGCCCUGGACAAGAGUACCAGGUAGCCUACUGCCUCAGACAACCCCAUAGACAUUGAAAGAAAAGCAUUGAUCUCUAUGGACAAUUCAGUAGAUCUGCAUGCAAACCCAAACUGCAUGCACAGUUGCACACUGUGUUUGUAUGUGUACAUGACUUGAUAAAUGCAUGUGUUAUCAAUAUAAUCUAUGAUUCUAUUCUAUGCUGUCCCAGGUGUUGAGGGCACCUCUCUCAUCCCCGGCCAUCGAACAUUGGGUCCCAGUGUGUAGCCCUGGUCCUGGGACAGCUGUGAAGGACAUGGAGGUGCUCCAGGACCACUGUGUGUUGGCCACCAGGGACCCCUUAGGCCUGCUAGGACUCCAGGUGGUCCCACUAUCCCAGCCAGCCACCACAACCACCCUGCAGGUGACAGGAAUAGCUAUAUGAAGACAUCACUCUGAUUUGAUUUGAACAUUUUUAUUCCACAAUUUUAAAAUACAUAAAAUGUUACACCAUAUACAGAGGAUACAUACAUAAAGUCAAGAGACUUGUUUCCAUUGUAACAGGCUACUCUAUGUCUCCUCCUGCUGAGGCAGUUGAUGAUCAUUCUGAUGGUCAUGACCAUGUUUAACACUGCACUGCCUAGCCAGGUGUACUGGUAGUGGACUGUACCACGAAAGCUAGGCCUUAAAGGAAUACUGUGAGAUUCCAGCAAAGCCAUGAAACGACCUCUAACUUCCUUCAUACUGCACGCAGAGACAUAAAAAUGACAUCCACAACUUAAUUACUAAAAUCUUGCAGUAUCCCUUUAACCAGAACUGUUCUCCAUCUCUCAGCUGCCACCGUGGGCCUGUGCCAUAGAGACCAAGAGGGCUGGGCUGACAGACAGUGGCUGGUUGGAGUUCCUCCUGUCGUCUCCAGUCCACCCCCCUGUCCUGUACCGCUACUCCCCCAGGGAGGACAGGCUCCUCUUACAGGAGGACACAGAGGAGCACAGAACCCCCCAGGAGUAUCACACCACCCGACUAGAGGCCCCCAGCCAGGUAGACUGGAUCUGAAUCAUACACACACACUCAGAGAGGAAAGCCUCAAGAGUACAAUGCCGAAAUGGUGGGUGUGAAGUGUAUUUUGGUAAUCCACUGAUGACCUACCAGCCUGCAGUAAGGGUUCACCAGAGGCUCAUGAAACACCCUAAUCUAGGAGCUCUCACACACAAACACAGGUUUUUUUUUUGUGAAUACAGAGUAUGUAAUAUUUUGUGUGUCUAUAGUGAUUACUGUACUUUCUCUCUCUCUCUUGGCCUAUAGGACGGUACCAUGGUGCCACUGACUCUCUUCCACAGACCUAUGUUGGAGGAGCUGAGGGGUGCUCCAUUGCUGGUGCAUGUGUACGGGGCCUAUGGCAUUGACCUUAACAUGGACUUCAGCCCAGACAGAAGACUGCUGCUUGAGGAUGGCUGGGCUCUGGCCUACUGCCACGUCAGGUAGCGCUACAACUCCCAGAAGCCUUUGCACCACAGAAAAACUGGAUGUUCAUACAGGAUAAAGUCUGUUGUUGUGGGCGGCUAUAUUAAUUGUUAGUGCUCUCAUUGUAAUGUUUUGUGUAGAACAGAUAUGAUUAUCUGUCUUGUAAAAAAAUUAGUUUGCAGUGCUUCUGAAUGUUUUACCACUCUGACUACGUGUGGUUGUAGGGGUGGAGGUGAGCGUGGCCUGGGCUGGCAUAGACAGGGUCGUAUGGAAGGGAAACCAAGAGGAGUGGAGGACCUGGCUGCCUGUAUCCACAGGCUCUAUGACCUGGGGGUGUCCAGACCCUCUCUGACCGCCCUCACUGCUCGCAGCGCCGGGGCCGUACUGGUGGGAGCGCUCUGUAACCUACACCCCCACCUCAUACGAGCUGUCACACUACAGGUAAAACCACCCAGACCCUACCUGCAGCCUUCAGAAACACACACAUUUCAACCCCUAUUUUCUCUGCUCUCUCCGGCCUGAAUCCUAACUUCUGAGAAGUGUGUGUAACUUGACUUUCCACACAAAUACCCCAUUGACAUCAAUGCAUAAUUAGUGGGAAAGUUCAAGUUACAGUAGGGCCACUUAUCUUGAGUAAGGAUUAGGCCCUCACCUGCACAAGUCACUGGUUAGGUGAUCUCUUCUGUCUCCAGGCUCCUUUCCUUGAUGUGCUGGGCACUAUGCAGGAGCCAAGUCUGCCCCUGACGCUGGAGGAGAGGGGAGAAUGGGGGGACCCCAUGUCAGACCCCUACCAAAGAGACACUAUCGCCUCCUACUGCCCCUGUCAUAACAUUACACUUCAGGUGAGCUUAUAAACCUUACUGUACACAUCAACAAUACAAUACCAUCAAAUAAUAUGCAAACAUUGCCCAAACAAGUUUUAAACUGUGUGGGGGUUCUAGCCACUGUGCUUCUUCAUUGCUUGCUCUUUGGGGUUUUAGGCUGCGUCUCUGUAUAGCACUUUGUGACAACUGCUGAGGUAAAAAGGGCUUCAUAAAAUACAUGAGCGUUUUUGUGUGUGUGUAUUCAACAGCACUACCCCUCCAUGCUGCUCACAGCCUACAUAGAAGACAACAGAGUGCCUGUAGCCGGAGUACACAAGUACGUGGAGAGACUUCAGGAAGCAAUCCACACACACCUCAACGGCCACCCUGUAUCUGGUGAGUAGAUAGACAUGAAACAGUUCCUCUACCUAAAGCACAAUCCAAUGAAGGCUCAUUAUCCCUGAAUUGUCCACAGUUUUGUUUAGAGUUUUGUUCUUCCUGAAAGAGCAGCAGUGUGGUCAGGUUCGGGUCCCACUAGAGGAGUCCGUGUUCCUCAGGAGACUGCUGUAAUGGAUCAUAGCUAGAAGUGUAAGAGUUUAUAUCCAGUACAGAGCAGAGGUCACCUUGUAGCACAGCAGCUCUAUGUGAAUCAGCGUCAUCAAAUCAUACUAAUUCCCCCAGUGAGGGACUUACUCUAGCUCUUUACCGCUCCUUAAUAAUUUCACACAUCUCUCUCUCUCUACCACACACUGUCUCCUACUCUGUUUCUCACACACACAUUCAUUCUGUCACAUAUACACACAUUAUAUGUCUAAUUUUCUCUCUCUCUCUCACUCACAGACAUACACAGGCAGAGAGGGUCUCUCCCUAAUCUUUACCCCUCUCCUCUGUCAUUGAUGAAGUGCUGAUCGCAUACCCACAGCCGGGCUCAUUAGCAUGUUUAUGAGAUAGUGUAUCAGCAGGAGAGAUAAGGAACAAUACACUGGGCUCUGGCAAGGUCAGGAGGCGGCUUGUGAAAUACAGCACAUGGAGGGAGAGAGAGAGAGAAUACCUGACCACUGUGACUGACCGAAACUUAAGGAAAGCUUUGACUAUGUACAGACUCAGUGAGCAUAGCCUUGCUAUUGAGAAAGGCCGCCGUAGGGAGACCUGGCUCUCAAGAGAAGACAGGCUAUGUGCACACUGCCCACAAAAUGAGGUGGAAACUGAGCUGCACUUCCUAACCUCCUGCCAAAUGUAUGACCAUAUUAGAGACACAUACAGUGGGGAAAAAAGUAUUUAGUCAGCCACCAAUUGUGCAAGUUCUCCCACUUAAAAAGAUGAGAGAGGCCUGUAAUUUUCAUAAUAGGUACACGUCAACUAUGACAGACAAAUUGAGAAAAUAAAAAUCUAGAAAAUCACAUUGUAGGAUUUUUUAUGAAUUUAUUUGCAAAUUAUGGUGGAAAAUAAGUGUUUGGUCACCUACAAACAAGCAAGAUUUCUGGCUCUCACAGACCUGUAACUUCUUCUUUAAGAGGCUCCUCUGUCCUCCACUCGUUACCUGUAUUAAUGGCACCUGUUUGAACUUGUUAUCAGUAUAAAAGACACCUGUCCACAACCUCAAACAGUCACACUCCAAACUCCACUAUGGCCAAGACCAAAGAGCUGUCAAAGGACACCAGAAACAAAAUUGUAGACCUGCACCAGGCUGGGAAGACUGAAUCUGCAAUAGGUAAGCAGCUUGGUUUGAAGAAAUCAACUGUGGGAGCAAUUAUUAGGAAAUGGAAGACAUACAAGACCACUGAUAAUCUCCCUCGAUCUGGGGGCUCCACGCAAGAUCUCACCCCGUGGGGUCAAAAUGAUCACAAUGAACGGUGAGCAAAAAUCCCAGAACCACACGGGGGGACCUAGUGAAUGACCUGCAGAGAGCUGGGACCAAAGUAACAAAGCCUACCAUCAGUAACACACUACGCCGCCAGGAUCAUCCUCAGGCAAGACGUGUCCCUGCUUACUCAGCCGUCUGAAGUUUGCAGUGCAUUGUGAUCCAGACGGUGAAUGUCUAUGGUCAGAAAACCAAAUAUAACUUUUGGUAAAACCACUCGUCGUGUUGGAGACAAAGAAGCUGAGUUGCAUCCAAAAAAACAUACCUACUGUAAGCAUGGGGGUCAUCAUGGGGCUGUUUUCUGCGGACCAGACGAUGACUGAAAGGAGAAUGAUGGGCAUGCUGAGAUUUUGGUGAAAACCUCCUUCCAUCAGCAAGGGCAUUGAAGAUGAAACGUGGCUGGGUCAUUCAGCAUGACAAUGAUCCCAAACACACCGCCCGGGCAACGAAGGAGUGGCUUCGUAAGAAGCAUUUCAAGGUCCUGGAGUGGCCUGCCAGUCCUCCAGAUCUCAACCCCAUAGAAAAUCUUUGGAGGGAGUUGAAAGUCUGUGUUGCCCAGCGACAGCCCCAAAACAUCACUGCUCUAGAGAAUCUGCAUGGAGGAAUGGGCCAAAUACCAGCAACAGUCUGUGAAAACCUUGUGAAGACUUACAGAAAACGUUUGACCUGUGUCAUUGCCAACAAAGGGUAUAUAACAAAGUAUUGAGAAACUUUUGUUAUUGACCAAAUACUUAUUUUCCACCAUAAUUUGCAAAUAAAUUCAUAAAAAAUCCUACAACGUGAUUUUCUGGAUUUUCUCUCAUUUUGUCUGUCAUAGUUGACGUGUACCUAUGAUGCAAAUUACAGGCCUCUCCAUCUUUUUAAGUGGGAGAACUGCACAAUUGGUGGCUGACUAAAUACUUUUUUCCCCCACUGUAUAUCAUCCUGCCCUCCUUUGAGUAUUACCAGUUUACAGAUCCCGACAUUCGAAACCCCAAUACCUUUCCGCUAUGCAUCUGUUUCCGAGCUGGUCAUGGGUUACCUCAAGUCAAGUCCUAAACAAUAUAUAACCCGAUCGAUAAAAGCAGUAUGUGCAGCCGUUUCAUUGACUGCCAGGUUUUGACUCUUCAAUAACCCAUUGAGACAAAUCCUGGUUUCUCAAUGCGCCCGCUGGUUCCCAACUUCUCAGAUAAUUCAAUGUGUCAUCGAGGGCCUGUUGUCUGGACUCUGCAGUCUCUUGGGGUGCACAAGGUUCAACUGGGCGAUCUAUUCUCUGGUAUUCAAAUGUGUGUUGCGCUGGUGACUCUCAGAUUCACCUCUAUGCAGACGACACCAUUUUGUAUACAACUGGCCCUUCAUUGGACACUGUAUUAACAAACCUCCAAACGAGCUUCAAUGCCAUACAACACUCCUUCCGUGGCCUCCAACUGCUCUUAAACGCUAAUAAAACUAAAUGCAUGCUCUUCAAUCAAAUGCUGCUUGCACCUGCCUGCCCGACUAGAAUCACUACUCUCGGCGGGUCUGACUUAGAAUAUGUGGACAACUACAAAUACCUAGGUGUCUGGUUAGACCGUAAACUCUCCUUCCAGACUCACAUUAAGCAUCUCCAAUCCAAAGUUAAAUCUAGAAUCGGCUUCCUAUUUUGCAACAAAGCCUCCUUCACUCAUGCUGCUAAACAUGCCCUCGUAAAACUGACUAUGCUACCGAUCCUUGACUUCGACGAUGUCAUUUACAAAAUAGCUUCCAACACUCUACUCAGCAAAUUGGAUGUAGUCUAUCACAGUGCCAUCUGUUUUGUCACCAAAGCCCCAUAUACUACCCACCAUUGUGACCUGUACGCUCUCGUUGGCUGGCCCUCACUACAUAUUCGUCGCCAAACCCACUGGCUCCAGGUCAUCUAUAAAUCACUUCUAGGCAAAUCCCCGCCUUAUCUUAGCUCAUUGGUCACCAUAGCAACACCCACCCGUAGUAUGCGUUCCAGCAGGUAUAUUUCACUGGUCAUCCCCAAAGCCAACACCUCCUUUGGUCGCCAUUCCUUCCAGUUCUCUGCUGCAAAUGACUGGAACGAACUGCAAAAAUCUCUGAAGCUGAAGACACUUAUCUCCCUCACUAUCUUUAAGCAUCAGUUGUCAGAGCAGCUUACCGAUCACUGUACCUGUACACAGCCCAUCUGUAAUUAGCCCACCCAACUACCUCAUCCCCAUAUUGUUAUUUAUUUUGCUAAUUUGCACCCCAGUAUCUCUAUUUGCACAUCAUCUUCUGCACAUCUAUCACUCCAGUGUUAAUACUAAAUUAUAAUUAUUUUGCACUAUGGCCUAUUUAUUGCCUUACCUCUAUAACUUACUACAUUUGCACACACUGUAUAUAGAUUUUCUAUUGUGUUAUUGACUGUAUGUUUUGUUUAUUCCAUAUGUAACUCUGUUGUUGUUUUUACCGCACUGCUUUGCUUUAUCUUGGCCAGGUCGCAGUUGUAAAUGAGAACUUGUUCUCAACUGGCUUACCUGGUUAAAUAAAGGUUAAAUAAAUUAAAAUAAAAUAAAUAAUCAUGAAAAGUCCUCAGUCAUCUCUCUCUAAUCUGACUGCUGCUGGCUUACUGCUCUCCUCCUCAAAAUUGGGUUUGUUUUCGAAUUCUUUGUGGAUCUGUGUAAUCUGAGGGAAAUACAGUGGGGAAAAAAAGUAUUUAGUCAGCCACCAAUUAUGCAAGUUCUCCCACUUAAAAAGAUCAGAGAGGCCUGUGAUAUUCAUCAUAGGUACACGUCAACUAUGACAGACAAAAUGGGAGAAAAAAAAUCCAGAAAAUCACAUUGUAGGAUUUUUAAUGAAUUUAUUUGCAAAUUAUGGUGGAAAAUAAGUAUUUGGUCAAUAACAAAAGUUUCUCAAUACUUUGUUAUAUACCCUUUGUUGGCAAUGACACAGGUCAAACGUUUUCUGUAAGUCUUCACAAGGUUUUCACACACUGUUGCUGGUAUUUUGGCCCAUUCCUCCACGCAGAUCUCCUCUAGAGCAGUGAUGUUUUGGGGCUGUCGCUGGGCAACACGGACUUUCAACUCCCUCCAAAGAUUUUCUAUGGGGUUGAGAUCUGGAGACUGGCUAGGCCACUCCAGGACCUUGAAAUGCUUCUUAUGCACUCUAGCAAACUUCAGACGGGCCUGGACAUGUACUGGCUUAAGCAGGGGGACACGUCUUGCACUGCAGGAUUUGAGUCCCUGGCGGCGUAGUGUGUUACUGAUGGUAGGCUUUGUUACUUUGGUCCCAGCUCUCUGCAGGUCAGUCACUAGGUCCCCCCGUGAGGUUCUGGGAUUUUUGCUCACCGUUCUUGUGAUCAUUUUGACCCCACGGGGUGAGAUCUUGCAUGGAGCCCCAGAUCGAGGGAGAUUAUCAGUGGUCUUGUAUGUCUUCCAUUUCCUAAUAAUUGCUCCCACAGUUGAUUUCUUCAAACCAAGCUGCUUACCUAUUGCAGAUUCAGUCUUCCCAGCCAGGUGCAGGUCUACAAUUUUGUUUCUGGUGUCCUUUGACAGCUCUUUGGUCUUGGCCAUAGUGGAGUUUGGAGUGUGACUGUUUGAGGUUGUGGACAGGUGUAUUUUAUACUGAUAACAAGUUCAAACAGGUGCCAUUAAUACAGGUAACGAGUGGAGGACAGAGGAGCCUCUUAAAGAAGAACUUACAGGUCUGUGAGAGCCAGAAAUCUUGCUUGUUUGUAGGUGACCAAAUACUUAUUUUCCACCAUAAUUUGCAAAUAAAUUCAUAAAAAAUCAUACAAUGUGAUUUUCUGGAGAAAAAAAUUCUAAUUUUGUCUGUCAUAGUUGACGUGUACCUAUGAUGAAAAUUACAGGCCUCUCUCAUCUUUUUAAGUGGGAGAACUUGCACAAUUGGUGGCUGACUAAAUACUUUUUUUCCCCACUGUAUUUGGACUCACCUUGUUGUGCUGUGCUCACUUGAACAGGAAGGUGGCGCGGCGAUCCUUCUUGUGGGCUCUAGAAAGAGGCAUUGAUAUACACAGAGAAUAGAGUCGGCCCGAGAAUUGAACCCUGUGGCACCCCCAUAGAGACUGCCAGAGGUCCAGACAACAGGCCCUCCGAUUUGACACAUUGAACUCUAUCUGAGAAGUAGUUGGUGAACCAGGCGAGGCAGUCAUUUGAGAAACCAAGGCUAUUUAGUCUGCCAAUAAGAAUGCGGUUAUUGACAGAGUCAAAAGCCUUGGCCAGGUCAAUGAAGACGGCUGCACAGUACUGUCUUUUAUCGAUCGCGGUUAUUAUAUUGUUUAGGACCUUGAGCGUGGCUGAGGUACACCCAUGACCAGCUCGGAAACCAGAUUGCAUAGCGGAGAAGGUAUGGUGGGAUUCGAAAUGGUCGGUGAUCUGUUUAUUAACUUGGCUUUCAAAUACUUUCAAAAGGCAGGGCAGGAUGGAUAUACAGUGGGGGAAAAAAGUAUUUAGUCAGCCACCAAUUGUGCAAGUUCUCCCACUUAAAAAGAUGAGAGAGGCCUGUAAUUUGCAUCAUAGGUACACGUCAACUAUGACAGACAAAAUGAGAGAAAAAAAUCCAGAAAAUCACGUUGUAGGAUUUUUUAUGAAUUUAUUUGCAAAUUAUGGUGGAAAAUAAGUAUUUGGUCAAUAACAAAAGUUUCUCAAUACUUUGUUAUAUACCCUUUGUUGGCAAUGACACAGGUCAAACGUUUUCUGUAAGUCUUCACAAGGUUUUCACACACUGUUGCUGGUAUUUUGGCCCAUUCCUCCACGCAGAUCUCCUCUAGAGCAGUGAUGUUUUGGGGCUGUCGCUGGGCAACACAGACUUUCAACUCCCUCCAAAGAUUUUCUAUGGGGUUGAGAUCUGGAGACUGGCUAGGCCACUCCAGGACCUUGAAAUGCUUCUUAUGCACUCUAGCAAACUUCAGACGGGCCUGGACAUGUACUGGCUUAAGCAGGGGGACACGUCUUGCACUGCAGGAUUUGAGUCCCUGGCGGCGUAGUGUGUUACUGAUGGUAGGCUUUGUUACUUUGGUCCCAGCUCUCUGCAGGUCAGUCACUAGGUCCCCCCGUGAGGUUCUGGGAUUUUUGCUCACCGUUCUUGUGAUCAUUUUGACCCCACGGGGUGAGAUCUUGCAUGGAGCCCCAGAUCGAGGGAGAUUAUCAGUGGUCUUGUAUGUCUUCCAUUUCCUAAUAAUUGCUCCCACAGUUGAUUUCUUCAAACCAAGCUGCUUACCUAUUGCAGAUUCAGUCUUCCCAGCCUGGUGCAGGUCUACAAUUUUGUUUCUGGUGUCCUUUGACAGCUCUUUGGUCUUGGCCAUAGUGGAGUUUGGAGUGUGACUGUUUGAGGUUGUGGACAGGUGUCUUUUAUACUGAUAACAAGUUCAAACAGGUGCCAUUAAUACAGGUAACAAGUGGAGGACAGAGGAGCCUCUUAAAGAAGAAGUUACAGGUCUGUGAGUGCCAGAAAUCUUGCUUGUUUGUAGGUGACCAAAUACUUAUUUUCCACCAUAAUUUGCAAAUAAAUUCAUAAAAAAUCCUACAAUGUGAUUUUCUGGAAUUUUUUUCUCAAUUUGUCUGUCAUAGUUGACGUGUACCUAUGAUGAAAAUUACAGGCCUCUCUCAUCUUUUUAAGUGGGAGAACUUGCACAAUUGGUGGCUGACUAAAUACUUUUUUCCCCCACUGUAGGUCUGUAACAGUUUGGAUCUAGAGUGUCACCCCCUUUGAAGAGGGGGAUGACAGCGGCAGCUUUCCAAUCUCUGGGGAUCUCAGACGAUACGAAAGAGAGGUUGAACAGGCUGGUAAUAGGGGUUGCGACAAUUUCGGCGGCUAAUUUUAGAAAGAAAGGGUCCAGAUUGUCUAGCCCAGCUGAUUUGUAGGGGUCCAGAUUUUGCAGCUCUUUCAGAAUAUCAGCUAUCUGAAUUUGGGUGAAGGAGAAGCGGGGUGGGCAUGGGCAAGUUGCAGCGGAGGGUGCAGAGCUGGUGGCCGGGGUAGGGGUAGCCAGGUGGAAUGCAUGGCCAGCCAUAGCAAAAUGCUAGUUGAAAUUUUCGAUUAUCGUAGAUUUAUCGGUAGUGACAGUGUUUCCUAGCCUCAGCGCAGUGGGCAGCUGGGAGGAGGUGCUCUUAUUCUCCAUGGACUUUACAGUGUCCCAAAACUUUUUGGAGUUAGUGCUACAGGAUGCAAAUUUCUGUUUGAAACAGUUAGCCUUUGCUUUCCUAACUGAUUGUGUAUAUUGGUUCCUGACUUCCCUGAAAAGUUGCAUAUCGCGGGGGCUGUUCGAUGCUAAUGCAGUACGCCACAGGAUGUUUUUGUGCUGGUCAAGGGCAGUCAAGUCUGGGGUGAACCAGGGGCUAUAUCUGUUCUCAGUUCUGAAUUUUUUGAAUGGGGCAUUCUUAUUUAAGAUGGAGAGGAAAGCACUUUUAAAGAACAACCAGGCAUCCUCUACUGACGGAAUGAGGUCCAUUCAGGAUACCCAGGCCAGGUCAAUUAGAAAGGCCUGCUCGCUGAAGUGUUUUAGGGAGCAUUUGACAGUGAUGAGGGGUGGUCGUUUGACCGCGGACCCAUUACGGACGCAGGCAAUGAGGCAGUGAUCGCUGAGAUCCUGGUUGAAGACAGCGGAGGUGUAUUUAGAGGGUAAAUUAGUCAGGAUGAUAUCUAUGAGGGUGCCCAUGUUUACGGAUUUAGGGUUGUAUCUGGUAGGUUCCUUGAUAAUUUGUGUGAGAUUGAGGACAUCGAGUUUAGAUUGUAGCUCCUCGUUUCCUCUGCUCUUCUCAUUAAGCUUUGAUCACAGGAGGAAACACUACAGAACACACCAGCCACUCACUACAUUAUAGGGGAAACACCUAUUGCUGUUGCACCCAGCCUAAAAGAUCUUAGCUUCUAUUGGUUUCAAAUGACCAUUUUUGGUACUAGAGGGACUGGAUAUUGUUGCACCCAGCCAGACUGCAGCCGCUGAUGGCACAUUCCGAUCAGAACCCUACAUCCAGUAAACCCUUCAUCCCUGACAAUGACAACCUCUGAUGAGGUCAUGUUGACAGAGAUCGGCCACUUGUAUUGGACAUGAUAAACAAUGCUGGUUUGUUUGCUAAUUUGUUGUUUGUGUGUUGUCAUCUCUGUCUCCAGAAUCUGAGCCCACACCCAGUGUCAUUCUGGACCUUCAACCAGGAGCAGACCACUUUGGCCCAGGGGACUUUGAACUGUCUCUGACUGAGGUAUCUAUGGGCUCUCUCAUUAUAUCCCUUCUUUUAUAGAGUCCACAACUAUAUGAACUGAUCAUUCUCUGAUCCAUAAACAGUCUGGGCAAAUCUGAGUGGCACCCUAUUCCAUAUAUAGUGCAGUGUAGAUUGUUGAACACUACAUAUAAAAUAGGGUGCUAUUUUGUACACACCCAUGAAGAAGCUUUAUACUCCAUAAUCAUAAAUACAUAAACUGUAAUAAGAGUCACUCUAACCUGCCAACCAAGGUUGUUGAGUUAUAAACACGUUGGCAGUGUUGAUAUGGAGUUAUGGGACUCAGGUAACAGGAUUACAGUAUUAUAUAGUGGUGUUCUCAGGCUGACCUGACAGCUCACUCCUGUCUCUCUCCCUCCCCCACUCAGAGUGCUCGACAGCUGGCUUUUCUCCACACAGAGCUGCGUCUGAACCAGCAGAAGACCAAAAACAGGCGGAGGUAGAAGGAAGUGGGGAGGAGAACUCAUCAGAGCCAUAUAGAGAUACAUGUAUGAUCUACAGCAGGGGUGUCAAACACACGGCCCCCCAAAUUAUGUUUUUGUUUUUACUCAAACGACCCACGGGCCAGAUCCAGCCAGCGAAGGGGUCCAAUCCGGCCCACGGGUGGUUUGGGUAAAAGCAAAAACAAUUUUUUGGGGAGGUACGAACUAAAAAUAUAAAAGCAACAUGCAACAAUUUCAAAGAUUUGACUGAGUUACAGUUCAUAGAAGGAAAUUAGUCAAUUGAAAUAAAUGAAUUAGGCCCUAAUCUAUGGAUUUCACAUGACUGGGAAUACAGAUAUGCAUCUGUUGGUCACAGAUACCUUUAAAAAAAACUAGGGUCGUGUAUCAGAAAACCAGUCAGUAUCUGGUGUGACCACCAUUUGUCUCAUGCAGCGUGACACAUCUCCUUCAUAUAGAGUUGAUUAGGCUGUUGAUUGUGGCCUGUGGAAUGUUGUCCCACUCCUUUUCAAUUGCUGUGCAAAGUUACUGGAUAUUGACGGGUACUGGAACAUGCUGUCGUAUGCGUCGAUCCAGAGCAUCCCAAACAUGCUCAAUGGGUGACAUGUCUGGUGAGUAUGCAGGCCAUGGAAGAACUGCGACAUUUUCAGCUUCCAGGAAUUGUGUACAGAUCCUUGCGACAUGGGGCCGUGCAUUAUCAUGCUGAAACGAGGUGAUGACGGUGGACGAAUGGCACAAUGGGCCUCAGGAUCUCGUCACAAUAUCUCUGUGCAUUCAAAUUGCCAUCGAUAAAAUACAAUUGUGUUCGUUGUCCAUAGCUUAUGCCUGCCCAUACCAUAACCCCACCAUGGGGCACUAUGUUCACAACGUUGACAUCAGCAAACCACUCGCCCACACAAUGCCAUACACGCUGUCUGUCAUCUGCCCAGUACAGUUGAAACCGGGAUUCAUCCAUGAAGAGCACACUUCUCCAGCGUGCCAGUGGCCUUCGAAGGUGAGCAUUUGCCCACUGAAGUCGGUUACGUCACCGAACUGCAGUCAGGUCAAGACCCUGGUGAGGACGACGAGCAUGCAGAUGAGCUUCCCUGAGACGGUUUCUGAAAGUUUGUGCAAAAAUUAUUUGGUUGUGCAAACCCACAGUUUCAUCAGCUGUCCGGGUGGCUGGUCUCAGACUAUCCCGCAGAUUAAUAAUAAUAAUAAUAUGCCAUUUAGCAGACGCUUUUAUCCAAAGCGACUUACAGUCAUGUGCGCAUAAAUUUUUACGUAUGGGUGGUCCCGGGGAUCGAACCCACUACCUUGGCGUUACAAGCGCCAUGCUCUACCAAUUGAGCUACAGAGGACCAGAUGUUGAGGUCCUGGGCUGGCGUGGUUACACGUGGUCUGCGGUUUUGAGGCCAGUUUGAACGUACUGCCAAAUUGGAGGCGGCUUAUGGUAGAGAAAUUAACAUUCAAUUCUUUGGCAACAGCUCUGGUGGACAUUCCUGCAGUCAGCAUGCCAAUUGCACGCACCCUCAAAACUUGAGACAUUUGUGGCAUUGUGUUGUGUGACAAAACUGCACAAUUUAGAGUGCCCGUUUAUUUUCCCCAGCACAAGGUGCACCUGUGUAAUGAUCAUUCUGUUUAAUCAGCUUCUUGAUAUGCCACACCUGUCAGGUGGAUGGAUUAUCUUGGCAAAGGAGAAAGGUUGACUAACAGGGAUUUACACAAAUUUGUGCACAACAUUUUAGAGAAAAGCUUUUUGUGCGUAUGGAAAAUGUCUGGGAUCUUUUAUUUCAGCUCAUGAAACUUGGGACCAACACUUUACAUGUUGGGUUUAUAUUUUUGUUCAGUAUACUUUAAAAUGACUAAAACCAAAUCGAAACUGUGUAGAAAUGAUAAUGGCCCUACAUUUAUACAGUUUCUUGACUCUGUCCAGCUCACUAAUAAUCACCUAAAUUAAAAUUCCAAAAGCAAUGGAUACAGGACUAGUUUUGCUUAUUUUGACGUUGAGGAAAUAACAUUUUCAGUCCAGCCCCCCGGACCUCAGAGAAGACUGAAUGCAGCCCCCAGGGAAAAGUGAGUUUGACACCCCUGAUCUACAGUGACAGUCAUGAAAUUAGAAGGGUGAAAACUGCAAAUAAGUUGUUUCAUCUGCAUAUUUGUGGUGAGAAGAGAAUGACGUUUGGAACAUUAAUGCUGUUUUUAAUGACAACAAAUAACAACCAUUUUGAACAAACAGUCAACUUAUUUGAACAUACACUGACUCAAUCACAGCCAGUCUCAUCAUAACACAUUUGAUUGUCGAGGACAUGGUGAUUUCUCCUCCCACUCUGAGGCUGCAGUACUCAGCACUUAUACAGAAUGUCCAAGACUCCCAGGUAGCAGGCCUUCUCUGAGACAAAACACUGGGAGGCGUGGCCAGGGUUGAACCGCACGUGGGUGGAGUACUCAAGUAGCAGCCCCUCCCCUCGCGCCGUGGAAAUUGAAGAUUUAAUCACCGGCAUCCCAUAGUUUUCCUGCUUGGUGCUCAUAUGAAGUGUUAGCUUCUCCGGCAGCUCUGUUAUGGCUGAGAGGUUUAUAACAGAGUCCGCUCCAAAGUUGAGCACCACGAGGAAGGCCUUGUCCAGGCCGUCUAUCUCCCUCAGAAAGGCAAAGACGUCCGCGUCGCUCCAGACGUAACACAUCCACCCCCGAUGGAGAGGCAGCUGGGCCUGUCGCAGGAGACUCAGGGCACGGUACUGAGACAGAACUGACCCGCUGUCUUUCUGCUGAGCCUUGGGAGGGCAUGGAGAAUAGAGAAUUGAUAGUAUCAAUCCGAUGACAGUGAACAACUAUACACACAACCUCAUAAUACUGUUCUUUUCAGUCCCACCAGGUUUUCGUGGGAGUUUUUGUGAUACUGUAUGUGGACAAAGCUGCUUGAUUUUGCUGCAGCAAUUCUGACAUUUUGCAUGGUGAUAUGCAAUGAUUUUGUCCAAUUUGUCACAAAUGUGCUGACGAGGGAAAAAGUUUGUUGACGUGUGGCUUGAUUGAACCAAAUGAUGCGGUAAAUGUGCGAUGAUUGGUUGAAAUUGCAAGGCCUCUUUUUGUACUGCGGUGAUGGGUCAGUUGUAUGCAAUAAUAUUGCGACGAUUUGCCUGUUUAACGCAGAAAUGGUGCGGUGAUUGAUCAAAUUAGCAAGCCCUUUCAUAAUAGGGGAGGCAGGUAGCCUAGCGAUUAAGAGCGUUGGGCCAAUAACCGAAAGGUUGCUGGUUCGAAGCCCCGAGCCAAUUAGGUGAAAAAUCUGUCUGUGCCCUUGAGUAAGGCACUUAACUAACUGCUCCGGUAAGUCGCUCUGGAUAAGUCUACUAAAUCAAGGUUUCCCAAAGUCGGUCCCCCCCCCCCCCCCCCCCCGGGUGCACGUUUUUGUUUUAACCCUAGCAAAGUCGGUCCUGCCCCCCCCCCCCCCCGGAUGCACGUUUUUGUUUUAACCCUAGCAUUACACAGCUGAUUCAAAUAAUCAAAGCUUGAUGAUGAGUUGGUUUUUUGAAUCGGCUGUGUAGUGCUAAGGCAAAAGCCAAAACGUGCACCCAGGUGAGGCCCCAGGACCGACUUUGGGAAACCCUGUCUAAAUGACUAAAAUAUAAAAUGUUAAUAAUAUGCAGGGAAUUGUUGAUUUUGCACAAAAAGAUUGCGAACACGGAAUCCUGGAGAGACUGUUGUUUCAAUGUUACACUGCGCUCAUUACUGUUUCACUGAGGACUGUAACACAGAUCUCCUCACUAAGAGAGCAGUGUACUCUACCUCCACAUUGACUGUUGUGUGGUGUGGGUGCAUAGGCAGCCAGGUAUGAUUGGCAUCACUGAAGCCAGCAUUCGGCCCAUCACUCCACUGCAUGGGGGACCUCUGAGGGUCACGACUGGCAUUCUACAGGAGGGAACAGGAACAAUUGUCAGCAUUAGAGAGUCCUGGAUGUUGACUGUUGUACAAGCAGGCCCAGAACAGGUAGAAGUUGAGAGCUGAGCCUAAUGUAGACCAAGGGCUUGUUCAAUAAAAUGCAACGUUACAGAAUGUUCAGAUAUAAAUAUAUUGUGUAGAAAGAGCUACAAUGGUCUGUCAUGUAGAAUAUGCAAUCAUGUCCGCCAUGAAAUUUCUAUCAACAUUCAAAACAUUUUACUUCAAAACAUUUUACUUCAGUGAAUGCAUCCCAGGUUCGGUACACUUACAGGGUUAAACUUUCCAAAGGGGUCCUGGAUCUCGUCGAUGGUCACAUUGAUGUUCACCAUGCCUAUCUCCUCUCCGUAGUAAGUGGUGGGUGUGCCGGGCAGGGUGAGCAGUAGCAUGUUGAUCACUUUAAUGUAGUCCUGGCCAACACUGGAGGAGAUACGAGGCUUAUCGUGGUUCCCAACCUAAAGACAAGAGAAUGGAACAGGGCUCUAUCAAGACCACUAUUCAUCCAGGGGAAAUGCUGUUUUUCAUGUGAAAUUCUUAUCAAUACAGCUUUAUAUCUGCUAUCUCAUAAUGUUACACUGCAUUUUUACAUGUCUGAUGUUGACAAGUUCUGUUUUUCUAACCACUCACUUACCACCCAGUUUGGCCAUUUCCCCACUGGCAUGUUGGCCAUCCACAGAUUGACCAGGCCUUGAGCCCCAGUUCCAGUCAGAUUAGUUGGCAGGUCCAUCAGAUAGAAGUUGAAAGGGAAGUCGCUCUCUUUGACGUAGGGUGUCCCAUAGUACAUCAUGGUCUUCUCAGUCUCCUCAUAGUCAUAGGACUCAGCUACCAUGAACCUGUUGGAAGUUAGGACAACACAAAUUGAAAUAUACCACUUACUUGAAGGUGAGUCAGAAUAUGACAAUUGGUAGCACUUUAUAUUAAGUUUCCAUUAUACCUGGGUAGUAUGAUGUACAACAUGUUUAUAACAAUGUUGUUACUGGAGUAAUAAGUGUUAUUACACAUGUAUAAAGCAACUUCAUGUAAAGUGUUACUGACAAAUCAUUGAGGGGGGAAAAGGACAGUGGGAUACCUGUAUCGGCCUGGCUCUCUACUGUAGACAUCCAUUUCUCCCCUCCAGUCCUGCAGGAUAUCAUGCAGCCCUAACUGGGUGGUGGUGUAGUCAUGGUGGAGCUCAAACUCUGUGUCAAUCGUAUCCUGAAAGUGGGGAGAGAGCAGAGGAAAGAGGAAAAAACCAGGACCAGAGGGGGGGGGGGGUGAGAGGGGAGGAAAGAGGAAAACCAGGGCCAGAGGGGGGGGGAGAGGAAAACCAGGGCCAGAGGGGGGGGGAGAGGAAAACCAGGGCCAGAGGGGGGGAAAGAGGAAAAUCAGGGCCAGAGGGGAGGAAACCAGGGGGGGGGGGGGGGGAUGGUAUCAGUGUAGGUUACUUCCUCGACUCUCCUUCUCUAGUUACUGUGCUGCCACAGAUGGAACCGCCGAGGCUUGGUGUAUUUGUGCCAGAUUAGGAAAAUAACGGUGACUCACAAAUCCAGAGAAAUAUGCUCCUAGUAAUCCCUUCCCUGUGAGAAUGUAGACCGGCCUCUCGUUCUCUCAAGGGGAAAGUUAAUUCCCCUAUGCUGAACAAUCUGGCAGCCCAUUAGAGUAUGCCCAUGCUAUUAAUCUGUGAUAAAGUAAUGUUGUUGUUAGGUGUUACUUUACAUUAAAACACUAAUUUUGUCAGGCCUUUGAGUGCCUUCCUUAGGCAUUUUCUCAGUAUCUAAUUCACAAAAGUAAUCAGGGGGAAAUCUGGUACAGUCUUCCCCAGGAUCAGAGAGGUGUAUGGGCUGAAAUGAGGAGAGGCUCACAGGAUCUUGUUGUGGGUCCACCUGGGGCUCAUCCCUCAGGUGCUUGGCCUCUAGAAUGUGCUUCACAGCGUCCAUACGGAACCCGUCCACUCCCUUCUCCAGCCAGAAACGAACAAUCUCCUGAAGAGAGAGUUGAAAGGAAGCAGUUACACAGGGCCUAUGGCUUUUAAAAUCACAUAGAAAUGGUCACAUAGAAAAUCUGCAGGGUGAAGAGAGUAGGGCUCUCUAUAUAAAUUAUAUACUGAACAAAAAUAUAAACGCAACAUGUAAAGUGUUGGUCCCAUGUUUCAUGUAAAACAUCCCAGAAAUGUUUAAUAUGCACAAAAAGCUUAUUUCGCUAAAAGGUUGUGCAAAAAUGUCAUUACAUCCCUGUUAGUGAGCAUUUCUCCUUUGCCAAAAUAAUGCAUCCACCUGACAGGUGUGGCAUAUCAAGAAGCUGAUUAAACAGAAUUAUCAUUACAUAGGUGCACCUUGUGCUGGGGACAAUAAAAGGCCACUCUAAAAUGUGCAGUUUUGUCACACAACACAAUGCCAUAGAUGUCUCAAGUUUUGAGGGUGGGUGCAAUUGGCAUGCUGACUGCAGGAAUGUCCACCAGAGCUGUUGCCAAAUAAUGUAAUGUUAAUUUCUCUACCAUAAGCCGCCUCCAACAUCGUUUUAGAGAAUUUGGCAGUACGUCCAACCGGCCUCACAACCGCAGACCACGUGUAACCACGCCAGCCCAGGACCUCAACAUCUGGCUUCUUCACCUGCGUGAUCAUCUGAGACCAGCCACCCAGACAGCUGAUGAAACUGUGGGUUUGCACAACCAAAGAAUUUCUGCACAAACUGUCAGAAACGGUCUCAGGGAAGCUCAUCUGCAUGCUCAUCGUCCUCACCAGGGUCUUGACCUGACUGCAGUUCGGCGUCGUAACCGACUUCAGUGGGCAAAUGCUCACCGGCACACUGGAGAAGUGUGCUCUUCACGUAUUAAUUCCGGUUUCAACUGUACCAUGCAGAUGGCAGACAGCGUGUAUGGCGUUUAUUUCAAUUGACUCAUUUCCUUAUAGGAACUGUAACUCAGUCAAAUCUGUUGCAAAAAUUGUUGCAUGUUGCGUUUAUCAUUUUGUUCGGUGUACAUAUGUUAGUUAUUUCAACAUGAAUGUAUUGAUUGUAACUCAAGUCAUGUCCAGUAUAAUGUCUGCUUGUUCUCAUAAAGGACCACAGAUGUCAUUUUACACACCUAGUCACUCAUCAAUAGAUAAAACACACAGACACACAUCCACUGGUUACACAUGGUCCCUGUCCCUCUCCUGCACUUUGGGCUCUCUGACUGUGUCCAGUUGUAAAAACCAUAGUAACUACUCAGAGAUAAUGAGUAACCUGGCCACUAAAUCAGAGGAGAAAACAUCAAUCAAUAACCACGGCAACUGUAGCAACACAUUGGUGAAGGCUGCCGAGACCCCACUGUUGUUUACUUGCACAGGUGACCAUAGGAGAAGGCCUGGAUUAUUUUUGAAGAGUUUGAGAGGUGUUCUAUAUACUCUCUCUCUGUGGGCAGAGAGCCCAGGUAAGCCGUACUAUGCCAGCUAACUGAGUAUAAAGGCUUCUCUGUGACAUGAGUGGGGCACCAGACUCUCUCUUAACCCCCACCUAGGUGGACUCACGUGAGAACAGACUGGAGGAGCUGAAUGGGGCGGAAACAACUCCUCUCUCUCUCCCUCAUUCACACAGUACAGUGCACAGCAAUCAUCACCUAGAGCAGGGCUACUCUCACUCUCAUUCAUCACUCAGCCCUCCCCUCUCACUCUUUACCAUUCCUGGGAAACUGGGUCUUAUUGCUGGGAAAUAAAUUAUGUACAGUUGAAGUCGGAAGUUUACAUACACUUAGGUUGGAGUCAUUAAAACUCAUUUUUCAACCACUUCACAAGUUUCUUGUUAACAAACUAUAGUUUGGCAAGUCGGUUAGGACAUCUACUUUGUGCAUGACACAAGUAAUUUUUCCAACAAUUGUUUACAGACAGAUUAUUUCAUUUAUAAUUCAUUGUAUCACAAUUCCAGUGGGUCAGAAGUUUACAUACACUAAGUUGACUGUCCCUUUAAACAGCUUGGAAAAUUCCAGAAAAUUAUGUCAUGGCUUUAGAAGCUUCGGAUAGGCUAAAUGACAUAAUUUGAGUCAAUUGGAGGUGUACCUGUGGAUGUAUUUCAAGGCUUACCUUCAAACUCAGUGCCUCUUUGCUUGACAUCAUGGGAAAAUCAAAAGAAAUCAGCCAAGACCUCAGAAAAACAAUUGUAGACCUCCACAAGUCUGGUUCAUCCUUGGGAGCAAUUUCCAAACGCCUGAAGGUACCACAUUCAUCUGUACAAACAAUAGUACGCAAGUAUAAACACCAUGGGACCACGCAGCCGUCAUACCGCUCAGGAAGGAGACACGUUCUGUCUCCUAGAGAUGAACGUACUUUGGUGCGAAAAGUGCAGAUCAAUCCCAGAACAACAGCAAAGGACCUUGUGAAGAUGCUGGAGGAAACAGGUACAAAAGUAUCUAUAUCCACAGUAAAACGAGUCCUAUAUCGACAUAACUUGAAAGGCCGCUCAGCAAGGAAGAAGCCACUGCUCCAAAACCGCCAUAAAAAAGCCAGACUACGGUUUGCAACUGCACAUGGGGACAAAGGUCGUACUUUUUGGAGAAAUAUCCUCUGGUCUGAUGAAACAAAAAUAGAACUGUUUGGCCAUAAUGACCAUUGAUAUGUUUGGAGGAAAAGGGGAGUAGCUUGCAAGCCGAAGAACACCAUCCCAACCGUGAAGCACGGGGGUGGCAGCAUCAUGCUGUGGGGGUGCUUUGCUGCAGGAGGGACUGGUGCACUUCACAAAAUAGAUGGCAUCAUGAGGAAGGAAAAUUAUGUGGAUAUAUUGAAGCAACAUCUCAAGACAUCAGUCAGGAAGUUAAAGCUUGGUCGCAAAUGGGUCUUCCAAAUGGACAAUGAACCCAAACAUACUUCCAAAGUUUAGUUAAGGACAACAAAGUCAACGUAUUGGAGUGCCCAUUACAAAGCCCUGACCUCAAUCCUAUAGAAAAUGUGUGGGCAGAACUGAAAAAGUGUGGGCGAGCAAGGAGGCCUACAAACCUGACUCAGUUACACCAGCUCUGUCAGGAGGAAUGGGCCAAAAUUCACCCAACUUACUGUGGGAAGCUUGUGGGAGGCUAACCGAAACAUUUGACCCAAGAUAAACAAUUUAAAGGCAAUGCUACCAAAUACUAAUUGAGUGUAUGUAAACUUCUGACCCACUGGGAAUGUGAUGAAAGAAAUAAAAGCUGAAAGAAAUCUCUCUAAUAUUAUAGUGACAUUUCACAUUCUUAAAAUAAAGUGGCGAUCCUGACUGACCUAAGACAGAACAUUUUUUAUGUAUUUGGCUAAGGUGUAUGUAAACUUCCGACUUAAACUGUAUAUAGCAUGACAAAUGUAUAAUUAUUUGAUUAAAGAAAAUCUCCGAUACUUUUCUAUACUUUUGAGCCAGUCGUUCUGAAAGUGGCGCUCACAAGCAGAAAGUGGUCCCCGAAAAUGGGUACUACGUCACAUACUGUAUGUGCAGAUCAGUGCACCACGUCACUGCUCUCACUCUGCUGUGUGUGCAUCUUGCUAGCUGUCACUGAAAUGGUGAAGGGUUGAAGCUCAUUGUCCAGAAUUCAAAUUGCUCGGGUUCUAGGGCUGGCCCACGUGGGGGAAAAUGUGGGGAAAAUAGCGUAGCACAGCUUCCAGAAAACGAGUCACUUACAAACUAGGGAUUUCGUGGCUAAUUGAGGUAACACGGUAAUUCUGCUCAUUGAUUAUGCAUGUAUGAACUACACAUUGACACAUCCAGCCCAAAGCGGGAGGUUUCAAAAAUACUUACUAGUCGCCAAAGUUCUGGAGCAUGUCUUUAAUCGGCCACAAAUUGUGUGUAUGUGCAUGAGCAAUAUCUUACAGUCAUCUCUCUUCGGACAUGUGGGUUGCGGAAGUUGAGGUCGGGCUGCUCCUUGAGGAACUGGUGGUAGUAACACUGCUGCCUCUCCUCAACAUAUGUCCAGGAGGAGUUCCCAAACACACUCACCUGGGGAGAAGACCCACACACACACACAGGGGAGUACAGUUAUUUGGUUAAUUCUCUGGACUGGUCAUCCCUCUACAAAAUAUAACUUAAAUUAUGAUAACAACCAAUGACAGAGUGAAAAUUAUCCUCACCCAGUUGUUGGGGGCGUGGGUAGUAUUGCAGUUGGUCCAGAUGUAGUAGUCUUUGUACUGCGGAUGUCCACUACUGCUGAGGUUGAACCACUUGUGCGUGUCACUGGUAUGGUUAGGGAUAAAAUCCAUGAUCAACUUCAACCCUGAGGGCAGAAAGGUCAAAGGUGACACUUAGGAGAGUGGUGGAAAAGCAGUGAGGAAUUGUACUACUAUGGUUGUUAAAAUAUACAUAUAUUGUGAAAAUUGCUCACCUUUGUCAUGCAUGGCAGCGAGGAGGUCAUCAAAGUCUUGCAUGGAGCCAAAGAGUGGAUCGAUGUCUCUAAAGUCUUCCACAUCAUAGCCAAAGUCCUUCAUGGGGGACUUGUAGAACGGACUGAUCCAGAUGGCCUUGAUGUUCAGGUACUGAAAGUGAUCCAAUUUAUCCACGAUGCCUGAACAUACGGUGCAAUAACGUUAAACCACAGUGGCAAAACUAAGUGACCGUGCAUGAACCUUAGAACUCUGACCAUUGCUUUCUGAUUUUUGACACUACGGAGGAUGAUUCUAAAUAAUGUUAGUGUAUGAAAUAAAUAUAUAUACACUACCGUUCAAAAGUUUGGGGUCACUUAGACAUUUCCUUGUUUUUGAAAGAAAAGCAAUUUUUUUGUCCAUUAAAAUAACAUCAAAUUGAUCAGAAAAAGCUUUAAUGGAAUAUCUACAUAGGCGUACAGAUGCCCAUUAUCAGCAACCAUCAGUCCUGUGUUCCAAUGGCACGUUGUGUUUGCUAAUCCAAGUUUAUCAUUUUAAAAGGCUAAUUGAUCAUUAGAAAACCCUUUUGCAAUGAUGUUAGCACAGCUGAAAACUGUCGUGCUGAUUAAGUAUCUGGAGCGUCAGCAAUUGUGGGUUCGAUUACAGGCUCAAAAUGGCCAGAAACAAAUAACUUUCUUCUGAAACUCAUCAGUCUAUUCUUGUUCUGAGAAAUGAAGGCUAUUCCAUGCGAGAAAUUGCCAAGAAACUGAAGAUCUCGUACAACGCUGUGUACUACUCCCUUCACAGAACAUGAAAUAGUACCCGCAAAACACCAGUCUCAACGUCAACAGUGAAGAGGCAACUCCGGGAUGCUGACCUUCUAGGCAGAGUUGCAAAGAAAAAUACAUAUCUCAGACUGGCCAAUAAAAAGAAAAGAUUAGAAGUCGCCUCUUCACUGUUGACGUUGAGACUGGUGUUUUGUGGGUGCUAUUUAAUGAAGCUGCCAGUUGAGGACCUGUGAGGUGCCUGUUUCUCAAACUAGACACUAAUGUAUUUGUCCUCUUGCUCAGUUGUGCACCGGGGCCUCCCACUCCUCUUUCUAUUCUGGUUAGAGUCGGUUUGCGCUGUUCUGUGAAGGGAGUAGUAUACAGCAUUGUACGAGAUCUUCAGUUUCUUGGCAAUUUCUUGCAUGGCCAUUUUGACCCUGUAAUCGAACCCACAAUUGCUGAUGCUCCAGAUACUCAACUAGUCUCAAGGCCCGUUUUAUUGCUUCUUUAAUCAGCACAGCAGUUUUCAGCUGUGCUAACAUCAUUGCAAAAGGGUUUUCUAAUGAUCAAUUAGCCUUUUAAAAUGAUAAACUUGGAUUAACAAACACAAUGUGCCAUUGGAACACAGGACUGAUGGUUGCUGAUAAUGGGCCUCUGUACGCCUAUGUAGAUAUUCCAUUAAAGCUGUUUCUAGCUACAAUAGCCAUUUACAACAUUAACAAUGUCUACACUGUAUUUCUGAUCAAUUUGAUGUUAUUUUAAUGGACAAAAAAAAUGCUUUUCUUUCGAAAACAAGGACAUUUGUAAGUGACCCCAGACUUUUGAACGGUAGUGUAUAUUUAUCUGAUUGUCAACCAUCUUAUUAUCUAUAUCGUUAUCUAUUAUCAAGUUAUUGUGCAAUAGUCAAGGUUGGGCUUGAACCAUUAACUCUCCGGCUAAAGGGCAAGCCAAUAUCUACUGUACCAUAAAGGUCCAGACCUCUUAGCUGGAGCUGUGGUAGUUCUACUAGAGGAAGGGUACAGUAAGAGUAUUAAGUCUGUAACGGGUUUGUUGCUCAGGAUGUUAUGUCUCCUUGAUUCUGGGAAAUAUGUGGGGAUGUUUGGAGACUGAUGUUUAUGACCAUAAAACGAGUGAUGCGUAAAACAAGUGCAAUUUAAAGCACGAACAACAAUCCUCUGACUUCAAUACCCGGCGGUAAUGACUCCAGGUAAGCGCUCAUCAUGCUCUUAAAUAGACUCAUCAAACAUAAUGGUAUAGCCAUAGUUCUACUAACAUGCGCCAUAAUUCAUUGGAGUUGGAUAGUGCUCACCGUGCUACACCAACGUUUUAUGAAUUAUGACAAUGAAUUAAUACGAACACCAAGUAGGUUAUGAGAAAAUAGGCUACUCUAAAGAAUUUGAAUAUACUACCUUUGAGGUCUCCGAUGCCAUCGCUGUCUGAGUCCUUGAAGGAGCGCGGGUAUAUCUGGUACACAGGAGAGGACUGCCACCAGCUGAGGCAACGGGGCGACAGAACGACCACCGUGAUGGUCAGUGCGACCAGCGCCAAGGUGCUCGCAACGGUCAGCCAGAACAGGAUCUCCCGGGGCAGC